AUGAAUUCAAACCAAGAUCCCAAAGUGAAUGCGAUCUUAGAAUGCAUUGCUUCAGGAGACUUAAGGAAAGCAAUGAAAAAAGUAAACAGCCAAAUCCAAAACAACGAACUUUCCAAGUUUUAUGCACUUAAAGCACUUGUAUAUCAAAAACUAAAAAAGGUCCCUGAAUGCAUGGAAAUUGUAAAAAGGCUUCAAACUACUUCUCCAGAUGAUAUUGAUUCAAUUGAGAUACUAAUAGUCAUUUUCAAGAAUCUUAAAAAGCUUGACGAAGUUACUGAACUUUAUGAAGAAGCUUAUGAAAAAUUCCCAUCUGAAGAUAGAGGGAAAAAUCUUUAUCAGGCUUAUUCAAGUCAAUUUAAGUUUGGAGAACAGUCAAAGAUUGCCUUGAAGCUGCACAAGUAUCAUGGAAACGUUGAGUAUGCAGAAUGGGGCGCCUUUUCAAUGCUGCUAUUAGCAGAUACAGAUUCCAGGCAAGUCGGAAUGGUAGAAAUAGCUGACCUUCUUUUCCAAAAAAUAAAGAGAAGAGAUGGAUUUGCUUAUACCCCUACAUUUUUUAGGCUUGAUAUUGCUAUCCAUGAAAGGCUUAAAGCCUUUUCUGAAGCUAUUCAUUUAUUAAAUCAGCAUAUUGAUAUAAUCUCAGACUAUGUCGAACGUACAUCAUUGAUUGCGAAAUUCUAUAGGCUAAGAGGAGAGCAUAUACAUACACUAAAUUUAUACCAUUCAAUAUUAUCUCUUAAUCAGUCAGAGACAACAGCAAGAGACUUAUGGCAGAUUUCUAUAGAUUAUAUUGAUACCAUUUUUGAAAUCGUUAAACUGUCCUGUGAAGGAACCACAAGGUUUAGCCAACUCGGGCCAUUUGAUCCAACAUCAGUAGUAAUCAAAGCAGUAGAUACAGGGACAAAGCAUAAUAUAUGGAAGCCUCUUACUGGGACUGAAUCUCUUGUAGGCAUUAUUAUUGCUUCAUUAGCUAAUAUCCGAGCAGCUAGAGAUUUAAUACAAGGAAGAGGAGCACUUAUAGAUUUAAUCAAAAGGCAGUCUUAUCUUCUGGAAAUGGAGUUCAAAAGGAGACUUAUUUUUUGGAAUUUUUCUCAAGGUGCUGAAGAAUACAAAGAUGAAGCUGAGCCUGGAGGUAUUUUUAUGCCUUUGAUUUUAAGAUAUAUAAGUUUGUAUUAUGAAAUCCCAACCACGCCAGACGAAAUGACUCCAUUUCUCUACCAUUUAAAUGCUACACAACUAAUCCCUUUCAAAGAUAAAAUUCAAGCGUUUCUUGACAAAACGCUGGAUCUGAAUACAAAUAAAAUAAAAUGCUUAAAAUGUACUAUUUGUUGUGUGAAAAUAUUGAGGCUGGUAGGCUGCUAUUCACCACCUGUUAUUAAAACUGCUGGAAAUAUGUGGGAAGCAGCUGGAUUUCUAAUCAGAAAAUACCUGGAAUAUGUUGAGUAUGAGCCAAAUCCUAAAAAAAACGAAAUAAGACUAUCUGAUGACUUAUUGCUGCUAGCAGUUGAAGUAUUGCUUCAGAGCAUCCCAGAGGUAACUGAAAAUACUGUGGACUAUAAUACAAUUUCAACUAACGAAGAACCAUUUCCAAGCUUCAGCCAUAGAAUUUUCUUUUGCAUAGGAGUGCUUGAAUAUGGAAUGCAUAGAAGCCCCUAUAAUAAAACCUUCAAAUUCAAACUGAUGGCUCUCUAUGAAAAAAUUAAAAAUUACAUUGCAGUUGCUAAAAUCUACAACUCGCUUGAAGUAAAAGAUGAGCAAGUAGAGACUCAGUCAUAUAUUUACUAUAGAAUGCUUAUAGAAUCUCCUAUUCAUAUCAAAGAGCUUCAAGAGCUCAGCAAAAACAUUUCCCACUACCACAAAACAGCUAACUAUGAGCUCUUGCCAUAUAUUCAUAGAGCUUACUCCAAGUAUUCUAUUGAAGAAGUAAAAUCUUUAUUUGAUAAAAAGGUCACAAUUGAGAACUCAUAUUUCAAAACUAUAGCACAGUUUAUUACAGCUUACACUGGGAUAUUUAAAACUCUUCUAGUGCCCGGACAAUACUUCGCAAAAUAUUUGCGUGAGAAUUUAGCUUUAUUUAAUAAGACGUCUACACUUUCUGACAUUUCUGAGUUUUCUCAAACAGCUGAUAUGGUUCCUCUAUAUGAUAUUGGAGUUAUAAAAAUAAAGCCGAUAAGAGAUAUUAAAGCAAAAAUACCAUACCAGCCUGAAGCCUUAAAAGAAGACCCCUUCAAGCAUCGAAAGCUGUCUCCUGAUAGUGCAUAUGGCUUAUAUAGCGCCUUCCUAUAGAUGGCGCGCAAUGCGCCAUCACCGGGCCAUGUCGGGAGAGGGGUUCUCCACGAGGAAUAGUUCCACGUGUGGAACCCUCUUUUUCCACGAGCCAAAAAGAGGGUUCCACACGUGGAGCCAUUCCUCGUGGAGAACCCUCUCCCGACAUGGCCCAGUGAUGGCGCAUUGCGCGCCAUCUAAUAGAAUUCGCUAUAUCUAGAUAACAGAAUUAUUCAUAUUCAUUCAAUGAAAUUGAAACUAAUUCUUGAUAUUGUUGAACAAAAUAUCCCAGGUAUAGAAAGUGGGCUAAGAGCUUUAAAUUCUGUUCUAAGCCAGCUCGAUCUUCUUUCUAAACCUGCACUAAAAAAGGCUAUUAAUUGAAGACCAGGCUCAAGUGCAGCAUUUGAUGAAGCAGUUCCUGAUAAACCAUUCACAGGAAAAUUUGAAUCUGAAGCAGAAUUUAUUAACCAUAAAAAGUUACUGGAUUCAAAAAUCUGAAAAUUUUUACUGAUGAUUUUUGAAGGAGCGUUUCGGCUUAUUUGUGCACAUCCAUCAGAUAAUUAUUCAAGGACAAGAUCUCCGACUUCUAGAGAAAAUAAUGAAUACGCUGAGCAAGAUUUUACAUAUAAAUUGACAGCAUUUCCCCACGUCUCAAGACACGCUGAAGUUUUAAAUUUGAUGCUGAAAGAUAUUGAAUCUUUGAUAAUCCCAAAAGAAGAUUAUUUAAAAAAAUUAAAAUUGGGACUCUCCAAGAUAUCUUCUUCCCUUGAUGCCGAUGUAGGGAAUGAAGAUAAUGCUGAAAAUGAUGACAUUAUGCACCCUGGAAUGAUUUAUAUUAUAAAUGAUGUGCUACAUGGGCCACUUUUAACGGUUAAAAUGCUUAUGCCUUCAUUAAUCUCAACUCUUCCAUCAAAGCAGCUCCCGAAUGAUCCACAUCCAGAUUUAAACCAUGUUUUAAAUAUUCAUAAAUGUAUAGAGCAGCUCGGAACUGAAACAAAUGCCUUGCUUUCUAAAAUAAAAGAUUAUCUUGAUCAGCAGACCCGAAUGUCAUAUUGGGAGCAGCUUGGCAAUACAUAUUUAUCUACUACAGGUUUUCAGCAGUAUACAUCUAUGCUACCACCUGACACAUUUCGCAAAAUACUUCAAAAUAUUUCUACUAAUCACCUUGAAGAGCUAAAAACAACCAUUGAGUUCAUAUCUUUAUUAGAAAAUAUUCCUAAUUAA